AUGAUCUCACUGUUUGGAGUGAAGAUGCAGCCGAAUCAAAACGAAGAGGUGAAGAUCAUCAGACUGUUUGGAGUGGAGAUGGCGCCCAAUAAAAAAGAAGGAAUGAAGAUGGAGCCUCCUAAAGAACAAGAAACCAAGCGACCUGAAAGGAGGAGGAGCGCAAUCAAGAAAACCCGAACCUCAUCACCGCCUUUACCUCCAGCCCCGUUACCUUCUCCACUGCUGCAGACGAUUCAUGACAUGGAGGGCAAGGAUCAGGUUUUUAUUACCAGAAAGAUACUAGAAUGGUCAGACACUGAUGCGGGUCAGAACAGAUUUUUCAUUCCAAAGAAUGAGGUGCUAUGGGAGGUCUUAUCUGAGGAGGAGAGGAGGCAGGUGGAAGGAGGCGGGGGCGUUGAAGUAAUGGUGGUGGAUCCGAAAGGUGGGAAGCACGAUAUGAGGUUGAAGAAGUGGGUUAGUUUAAACAUGAUAGUGCUGAAUUCUGGGUGGCGAAAGCUUGUGGAGGGCAACGACCUGAAGGCAGAGCUGGAUUGUGUAGAGCUGUGGAGUUUCAGGGCGGACUCGAAGCUGUGUUUUGCCUUGAAUGUCAAGAGACAAGUCCAGUAA